GGAUGUUGAUGGCUGGAACCAGCAGUCCGAGCUGAGCGAGAGAGCAGCCUUUUGGUUUCCAGUGGUUGCUAUCUAACGUCAAGAGGAAGGGUGUGUGUGUGUGUGUGUGUGUGUGUGUGUGCGGCUGAUGAUGUGAAAUCAACGUAGUCAGGACACGCUGGGACGACGACAACUCUGCUGAGAGUCAGCAACAUGGCCGCCUCGACGCUGCUCCUCGCGCUCCUCAUCGGUGGCAUGGCGUCCGCCGCUCACCGUCCCCGCCUUCCCCGCCACCGCCCUUCCUGCCACACGGUCCAGAUGAGCGUGGUGGUCUGCAGCAAUCUGAGCCUCACCAGCGCCCCAGUCAACCUCCCCCCAGGUAUACAAACGCUGGACCUCUCACACAACCAGGUCCAGAACCUCACCCAGGAAACCCUGGCGUACCGCAAGGACCUCCGUCACCUCAACCUCCACUCAAACAAGAUCCACUUCAUCCAGCCUGGACUCUUUGAAGACAUGACUGAUCUUAAAAUCCUGGAUCUGUCCAGGAAUCAUUUAAAUGUAUUUGCGCAUUCCAAAAACAAAAUUGGGACUCUUGCAGCCGUGGAGACUCUUGAUCUGUCCAGUAAUGGGUUGUACACCGGCAUGUCCGACUUCUUAAUCGCGGACUCCCCCUCACUCGUGGAGCUGUCCUUGAACAGUAACAGCAUCACCAAAAUAGCACAAAACACUUUCGGGGGAGCUUUGUCUUUGAGGAAAGUCAGCCUCCACAACAACGUCAUUCUGGAGAUCGAAGAUGGUGCCUUCGACUCUCUGGAUCAUCUCACCGAGCUCGAUUUGUCCAAGAAUUCCAUCACGUGCAUCACAGACUUCAAUCUGAGUCGGUUAAAAGUGUUAAACCUCAGCAAGAACAGCCUUGAGAUUUUCCAGAGCACGAGACUGACCGAUGUGUACGACCUGGUCUUUUUGGAUCUGAGCGAAAACAAGCUGCCUUGCUUCCCGCUGCUCCCGGCAAACAACGCCAUCCGACAUUUGGACCUUUCACGCAAUCAACUGCAGAGCGUCAACAUGACCGACACGGCAGAAAGAAAGACCCACGUGGUUUUGAAUCACCUGAGAUACUUGGACUUGAGUUACAACCAACUCAAGGACAUACCCCAGUCUUUUUUCCACACGAUGACCUCCCUGGAGGUCCUGAACAUGAGCAACAACUGUAUAGACGCAUUUUUGAUCGCUGACAAAGACUUUCUACCCGCAGUGAAGAUUAUCAACCUCAACUAUAAUUCCUUACAGAGACUUUCAUUCGGCGAAGCUACUCUACAAUCUUUGAAAGAGCUUUUACUACGAGGAAACCACCUCAGCACCCUUGAACAGCAAACACUCCAGAGACUUCCAAGUCUAAACCUCCUGCAGCUUCAGGAGAACAACCUGAGAGUCUGCCCCUCGGACAUGAAACCAUGCCUGUCAGACCACAAGCACCUCCAUCCUCCAGACUGCGUCCAUUUCUCUUGCAUUCCCAAUCUGAAGUACCUUUACCUUUCACAGAACAACCUGAAGAGUUUACCUGUCAGUGCAUUUGCUGAUACCCCUCUGAGCCUACUGGACUUGUCCCUCAACUCCGGCCUGGAAAUGCAUCCAGACUCUCUGUCCGGUCUGGAGCACACCCUAGUCCACCUCUUCCUGAGAGAAAACAACAUUUCCAAGCUGAAUACGGAUAUGUCAUCGCUAAGGAGCCUCAGAGUCGUAGACCUGUCCACCAACCAGCUGACCAGUCUCCCCGCAUGGUCCAAAGAGUCAUCCAUCGAGACGCUCAAUCUGCAGAACAACAGCUUAGUCACUCUAGAACACAGCACCAUGGUUGCUCUGGAACGCUCGUUAAAAACACUCUAUGUGGGUUCCAACCCUCUCAGCUGCUGCGGCAACCUCGGCUUCCUGCAUUUGGUCCAACACUCGGCCGUGGUGGUGCCCGACAUCGAGACGGUCACCUGCCUUCUAAGGGAGGACGCGGCACCGGUCAAUAUCGAGAAAGUGAGCCAGGAAAUGUGUCACAGCCCAAAGAAAGUCAACCAUGUUAUUGUUGUUGUCGUGUUUGUGUUGUUCGCGGCGAUCACAUUGGGACUGAUGGUGAAAUACUGCAAGUCGAGGAAACGGAAGCAUGUCCGAAGGUUUACUGCAUGAACAAUUUAGAAGAAAACUUUUUAUACCUUGGGAGGAUUUUUCAAACGGAUGUGACGGCUGAAAUUGGGUUUGAAAUCUCAGACUUGCACUAAAGUAGGCCGGUUGGGGACGAAAGAAACCACUAGAAAAUGAAAACUUUUUUUUGAAAAAAAAAAUCUUUCUAAUUAUGUUUUCCUGUUUGGUUUUGAUACAAAAAAUAUCUUAAUGUGAAAAAUUGACUUCUCUGCUGCUAUACCCUGAACGUAAAACGUAUUUGUCAUUUGAAACACUGAGACACACUUCCUAAUCUGACACUGUUUAUUAGCUUUGCUAAUCUUAGUUUAGCAUAGCACAUCACAAGGACUGGAACUGAAGGAACACGAUCCUAAAGUUACAUUUUGAUAAAGAAAGAGCCACAUUGCUCACAAAUUUGUUGAAUUUCAGUGACUUUACGACAUUGAAGCUUGCUACUCACCUCACUUUAGCAAAAAUCUGAUUAUGCUAAUUAUGCAGCAUUACAGUUGAAGUAAUUUCAUUCAUUCAUUUUCUACCGCUUUUUCCUCACGAGGGUCGCGGGGGGUGUCUUCGGGCGUAAGGCGGGGUACACCCUAGACUGGUCGCCAGCCAAUCACAGGGCACAUAUAGACAAACAACCAUUCACACUCACAUUCAUACCUAUGGACAAUUUGGAGUCACCAAUUAACCUGGCAUGUUUUUUGGAAUGUGGGAGGAAACCGGAGUACCCGGAGAAAACCCACGCAUGCACGGGGAGAACAUGCAAACUCCACACAGAGAUGCCCGAGGGUGGAAUUGAACCCUGGUCUCCUAGCUGUGAGGUCUGCACGCUAACCCCUAGACCACCGUGCCGCCCGUUGAAGUAAUUUGCAACAUCAAAAUCACUUGUUGACAUUCAGCCUAAACACCGCAUUUUUCUUUUAAAAGCUUACAACACUACGAAAGGUUAAAAUAAAACAAUAUUUACUGUUCGAUGAAGUAUAAUGUUAAUGAAGAAGCCACAUGACUUGAUUGCACACUCUUUAUGUAGACUGCACUUUGUUUGUGAUUGUAUCUUUUGUGAACACUAAGAGCUGAAUAAUGCUAAAAGUCAAUACAUAUAAUUUAUUUUUCUAUUAUAUAAGCCAAGCUGGACAUUUUAACUGUGUUUUGUUGUAAUGAGUAGCAGGCCUAUGGUUGUCCCACUACAUCUGUUAUGUGAUAUUGGACUGAUCACCCUCGGUAGUAUACAUUGGUAUAAAUGUAUGAUACGUAUACUGUGGUGACACACUGACAAAAUGUGAUGAAUCAUAAACCUGUGCACACUGUAUUCACAGCCUUUUGUCCCUCAUUUUCAUCCAAUUUGGAAUCAAUCGUUCUUGUUGUCGGGCCCCCAACAUGCCAGCUUUGAAGUAAUUGUUGUCAUUAAUACCCUUGAUGAUAUGUUAAUACAUUUGCAAUGUAAAAAUGAAGAAAGGAAAGUUGCAUUGGUACCGCUAGCUUGACUACCGCUAGCUUGACUACCGCUAGCUUGACUACCGCUAGCUUGACUACCGCUAGCUUGACUACCGCUAGCUAUUUUGACUUAAUUUGGCAUUCUUUGUUUUACAAGGGCAUUUGACAACAUGCAUUAUAUGGAUCAUGUAUUAUUGUGUAAAAAUGCCUCAUAAAUAUAAGAAGCAGAAAACGGUAGGGGAACUUUUAUUGGGACAGCAAGUUUGUGUGUGUUUAUAAAGUCAUCGGUUAAUAACCGCAGGUACUACAAGUCCCAGAAUGCACUGUGACAGACGACGUCUUGGCACGGAGCUGUUCUCCAGUGAUCCG